AUGUCGGUUUCGAAGGAUUUCGUGCUCGAUGAUGAUGGACGACUUUUGAAAAUCACAAUGCAGUUCAACAGACUAUUCAAGAAUAUUCAAAAGUUCACAAAGCUGUCAAGAAACGGAGCUCAUAAUUUGCUAUCGCCUUUAAUCAGAUUGAUCAACGAGAAAGACAACGACACUUUCAAGCAGAUUGAAGGCCACACAGAGGUGAUGAAGUGCCUUCGUGAAGCAUGGCUAGAAGAAAGAAACUUCAGAGAAAGAAAUGAAAAGUUUGUAAGGAACAUUGGCGAGUGGAUGCUUGACAAAGGUUUCAGCUCAGUUGAAGAACUCGACGAAGAAUGGGAUGCUGCGCGACUAACAGAAUGUAAAAUGCGUAGAUAUAAAUGUAUAGCAAAGUAUAACACUAUAGAGUUAGAGGCGGCGAGAGAAACAGAGAAGUAUCAAACUGUGAAGUUCGAGCAGGUACAAAAGGAAUGUGACGAGUUGAAGAGGAGAAACAGGAUGCUGUUUCAACAACUAGAAGUUGCGCGUUCAGAUAUUCGCAAAAUGACAGUACACCAAAAGUCUAAACAUAAACUGUUUGUAUCAGAAAAGAAAAGGAGUAGUGUUGGUUUUUCUGAGUACAAUGCCCAUUCGUUCGAACAUAUCGAAAAGAAAACAUCGUCACAAGUUGAGUUAAAGAUAUCUGACCCAGAAGCUGAAAAAACAGUCCCAGCUGGAGUGAAAUCAGAAGAAGAAGUCUGUGAUCUGAAUGUUGAAAAUGGAUUUUUGAGUAAUGGACAGUAUGAAAAUGAUACAAUGGUUGUAAGAGAGGAUUCUACCGAUGACAAGGUAGAUGAAUCUGUGUGUAUGGAUAUAAAAGAAGAAUCUGCAGAAGGAAAUGUGGAGGAAUCGAGAGUCGUGUUGUGUAGUGGGGAACAAAAGUCUGACGAGUUUCAGAGAUUUCGCACGGAAAGCACACAUGAUAACAUCAAGGAAUCCAAGGAGAUUGAGUUAGUCGCAGAUACUAAACGAUCGAAUCUCAAAGUGUAUCAAAAUCUGGAAAAUGUUCAAAACAAAGGAAUAGGUUUUCAAAAUGUGAUCGAAAAGUUCGAUAUUCUGGAAAAUCCCAGUAUGGAUCUAAAGGAGCAGCAUCACGAAAUAAGUACUGUAUCAGAGCUUCCAAGAGUAAUCAAAGGUCAAAGAACUGUAUCCGAGAUCAUGGUAGAAACAAACUCAGAAAAUUCAGAAGAGAAGGAAGAAAGCAAUGUACAGGACAAGAAAGCUAAUGACUUGAGGGAAAGUCAAGGUCCCCCGAUGAGAUUGCUACCAAAGUCUUCAAAUUUGGAUCAAUAUGAGAACAAAAAUUGCGUCCUCUUUAAAAGUGAUACACCCAAUAAGGAUCCCAUAUUGGUUUCUGGGAAAUCGCCACAAUUGGAAAACCAGGACCGGAAAAAGGCCGGAGAGGGUGCCUGUGGCUCUGUUUUUGAGACAAGGACCAUUCACGGAGUUCAGGAGGAACCGUGGCCACGGAAAGAUCCACCACCACUGUUUCAGUCAAAUGAUACUAUUGAGUCUCAAGACAACUCGGAUCAAGUGCGAGUUCUCCUGCACAGAGACUUUCGACCACGAGAGGAUCCACCACAACCACAAAUGUCUCAGUCGAAGGAUAAAGAUCAAUUGAAAACUUGCUUGCAUCAAGAGUUUCGGCCAAGAAAAGAUCCACCCCGAAUGUGUCUACAUGAUACUAGGGGAUACGAGUUUCAACCAGAGAAGUUUGAAGUUCACCUGCAUCAUGAGUUCCGACCAAGGAAGGAUCCACCAUGUCGAGACCAUUAUCACAACAUGCCACCAUGUCAUUAUGGUUCAAAUACGGAUUCAUGGUCCAAUUUCGUUAUUGAUGUGCACUGA